CGUGGGUUUUCUCCGGGCACUCCGCUUUCCUCCCGCAUCCCAAAAACAUGCAUUCAUUGGAGACUCUAAAAACGUAGGCGUGAAUGUGAGUGAGUAUGGUUGUUUGUUUAUGUGUGCCCUGCGAUUGGCUGGCAACCUGUUCAGGUCCUGCCCGAUGACAGCUGGGAUUGGCUGCAGCAUGCUCGCGACCCGCGUGAGGAGAAGCGACUCAGAAAAUGGAUGAGUCUUCUACCGCUUAUCCGAGGUCGGGUCGCGGGGGCAGUAGCUUUAGCAGGGACGCCCAGACUUCCCUCUCCCCAGCCACUUCAUCCAGCUCUUCCACGGGGAUCCCGAGGCGUUCCCAGGCCAGCCGAAGGAUGUAGUCUCUCCAGCGUGUGCUGGGUCGUCCCCGGGGUCUCCUCCCGGUGGGACGUGCCCGGAUCAGAUGCCCCAGCCACCUCAUCUGGCUCCUCUCGAUGUGAAGGAGCAACCUAUGUUCAACCUAUAUUUAAUUGAAUACACUACAAGGGGAGACUUGCUAACCAUAAAGGAGGCUACUCUGGACUUUCUUUCACCAACUUUCGCAAAUCUGCUCAGUUUUUUCCCCCCCGAGUUACUCACCGGAGCAGCGAUCGCGGUCCUCGGCACGUGGAAACGGCGGCGACGCCACAGAGGGAAGCGAGCCGGCAUUCAGGUGAAACUCCGCAACUCCGCACUGCUAACGAAAUUGGAAAAAAAACACCCGGACUCAGCCCUCAUUAUUCUCGGGGACUUUAACAAAGCUGAACUCCACCACGAACUCCGUAAAUACAAGCAGCACAUCGACUGUCCGACCAGGGAAAAGAACGUUUUCGACCACUGCUGCACUACGGGAAAAAAACGCAUCCCGUGCAGCCCUGGGGUCAUAUGAAUUCACGUAGUACCAACAUAGAGGCAAGAACUUAAAUGCGCGAAGCCUUCAGUGAAAACUGUGACCUGGAGAAAUCACCGCAUGGAAGCGGCAAGGCCGAAAACCGACGUUGAAUGCCCGUGACCUUCGAUCCCGCUGCAUCAAAAACCGACAUCGAUGUGUAAAGGAUGUCAGCACAUGGGCUCACAUCUGGUGUCGUGAGAAAAAGCCACACUCGUGUCCCUCUCCACUUUGUUUUUGAUAUCAAAUCACAAAUCUUGAAGCCAUCAUUGAUUGAUAGAGUCGUGAUUAUCAUUUUAAUCCCUUUACAUAAUGUACUGCAAUCGUGGUCCCGAGUGACGUUCUUGACAAAAUGUGAAAAACACAAAUUCGGACAAGAAAUUGUUCUGUCCUGUCGCUUGAAAUAGUUCCGCCCCAAAGGAUCAUGGGUAAUCGGGCUCCUUUCACAUCUCGCGAUGCAGCAGGACGGACGAUCGCGCUUCAUCAAAUCUUGCCGAAUUUGCGACCGAAUGUUGGGAAUCCUCGACGCUUGACGCCCCUGAUCGCGACUUUAGUGGCCGAAAACGUCACUCGUGCCAUCUUCGUGUCCGGUUGGAGUCGUCUCGUGUCCGGUUGGAGCUGCUCGGCCUAGCCUAGCCUAGCCUAGCCUAGCUUAGCUUGCUAACAAAGAGACGCGUUUGUGAUCAACACUUCGCGAAGCAGAGAUCAAGCGGGACUAAAGUGUUCUCCUUUAAGCGAAAAUGUGUGCGAGGAGGACAGCGGCGUACGAGGAGGAACUUUGGGGCCCGAAAGAGGAGAAGGAGCCAAAAGGUCAACUUCUGGACGCUGCGUUCAAUCUGCAGCCGCGAAUUGUGCUACGCAGAGCAGACAUCGCUGAAGAUCUUCGUACUGAGCGGCAGGAGCCAGAGCCCCCUCGCAUUAAAGAGGAAGUGGAGGACGAAGAGAUCCAACACAUCAAAGAGGAAGAGGAGCCCAUUUUGAUUAAAAAAGGGGAGGGAGAAGCUCUCCCCCACAUCAAACAGGAAGUGGAGGAGGACAUCACCAAGUUUCCAUCGACUGGUGUCCCUUUGAAGAUUGAAGCUGAAGGUCAAAGUGAGGAGAGCAGAGGGGCGGAGCCACCAAGCAGCAGCUCAAGUCAACACAUGAAGACAGAAGGUGACGGAGAAGACCACUGUGGAGGAUCACCAGCAGACGGACUCUUAGCUCCACUAUCAGAUAGUGACGACAUGAUGUCACAUCCUCCUCACACUGAUGAUGAUGAUAACCAGUAUGAAGGUGAUAUGACAUGUCACGCUGACAACAAACGAUGGAAAUGUUCUCAUUGUGGGAAAACAUUUGCUCAUAAGAGCAGUUUGAAACAGCAUGUGAGAACACACACUCGAGAAAAACCUUUUGCAUGUUCAGUUUGUGGCCAAAGAUUCUCGUUGAAGGUAUACUUAAAAAGACACACAAGAACCCACACUGGUGAGAAACCUUUUUCUUGCUCAUUUUGUGGUCUAAGGUUCUCUGUGAAGGAAAGCUUAAAUUUACACACAAGAACCCACACUGGUGAGAAACCUUUUUCCUGCACAGUUUGCGGUCAGAGAUUCUCUGGUAAGAAAAACUUAAAAAGACACACAAGAACCCACACUGGUGAGAAACCUUUUUCCUGCUCGGUUUGUGGUCGAAGAUUCACUCAGAAGGGAAGCUUAAAAGUACACACAAGAACGCACACUGGAGAGAAACCUUUUUCCUGCUCAAUUUGUGGUCAAGGAUUCUUUGAAAAGGAAAAGUUAAAAAUACACACAAGAACCCACACUGGUGAGAAACCUUUUUCUUGCGCAGAUUGUGGCCAAAGAUUUUCUGAAAAGGGAAGUUUAAAAAAACACACAAGAACGCACACUGGUGAGAAACCCUUUUCCUGCACAGUUUGUGGUCAGAGAUUCUCUGAGAAGGAAAGCUUAAAAAUACACACAAGAACACACACUGGUGAGAAACCUUUUGUCUGCUCACUUUGUGGUCAAAGAUUCUCUGUCAAGGGAAACUUGAGAAAACACACAAGAACCCACACUGGAGAGAAACCUUUUUCCUGCUCAGUUUGUGGUCAAAAAUUCACUCAGAAGGGAGACUUAAAAAGACACGCAAGAACCCACACUGGUGAGAAACCUUUUUCCUGCUCUGAUUGUGGUCGGAGAUUCUCUGAGAAGGGAAGCUUAAAAAUACACACAAGAACCCACACUGGUGAGAAACCUUUUUCCUGCUCAGUUUGUGGCCAAAGAUUCUCUUAUAAGUAUCAGGUUAAGACACACAAGUGUGCUGGUGAGAAUAGCAAUAAUCAAGAAUAUUUUCAUGAAAAUGUUUAAAAAAAAAAAUCUACAUUCUUGUAGUCUGUGUACCAGCUUUUAUUGUAUCUUCUUCUUGUCUAUAUAUUUUCUAAACGCCUCCGGCGGCCAAAUGUUUAGGAUUAGCACUGAUGCCAAAAUACUUUCAAGGGACUCGUUAAAGGUGAGAACAUGGGCACUUAUUCCAGUGUUCUGGGCUCAUAAAUGAUGUCCACCAGUAUAGACUCAGUAGUCAUAGAAUCGUUUUCUGAUGCAAUAUUUGAUUUUCCGACAGAUUUUGGCCCGCCCACAUUUUGGACACGCCAGUCUGUCACGGUUUGACACAUAACGAGCAGGAGCCGAUUACAUUUCCUCAUUGAACUCAUGUUUUCCAUGGUGUCAUUUUUGCCCGUAUUGAAAGUAUGGAUGACGUUUUGGGAUAUUCAUGACUGAAAAUAGUGAAAGUGAAAUCUGUUGGAACGCUUGUUUAAAAAAAUCGACCGUUGAAAUGCCUCCUUGAGGAAAGAAAGGCAAACGGGUCAUCCCACAUAAAGUAAUUCUUGCAGAUUCGUUUCCUCAUACGUCAGCUCAAUUUUGAAUUGGUUGCACCACAUAACGUAUAGUAUACGUCUAUAUGUGUGAAAAGAUCAAAUGUAUGUAUAGAUCACAAAGACGUUUCUGUAGGCGGCAUUGUGUGACAGACGUGGACUUUGGCUGGCUGUCAUAACGUCGGAUGACCCAUGACGAGGGUCUCCCGGCCGAACGUCAGUUAAUGUCCUGAAACUGCGCCUGAUCAAAUGUUUUCACUUUUGGGAGAUUAAGCCACGUUUCUUGCUUUCAUGCUUGAGGCUUGCGAGGAUGUGGUGCUCCCCCGCUGUGUUUGUAUGAUUUUCAUGAUGACACCCUAAUAAAUUUGCAAUUUUGCAGCACAUUAAAUUAGUGAUGGAACAUAAUUUUGGGGUACAAGCUGUUGUUCAUGUAAUGCAAUAGAUAUAUGUCAACAAAUGUUUGGAAACUCAAGCAAGCUGUAUUUUAUUUUUUUUCCUGAAAGGAUAUCAUUUUCAAGGUGAGAGGAUUCCACCUGACAGCUACGAUAUAUAAAAUAUGACCAAUUACUGCCACUUUAUAGUAUAGUACAUUAUUCCAGCAAUGCCAGCGCUUUUCAAUUUUCGAUUUUUUGGUGAAUUUGUUGUCGACCAAUUGCUCUAAAACAUAUUAUUAUUGGAAAUGAAUGCCAGUUUAAUUUUCCUGAGUAAGAAAUGCAGAAAAUGAACUUGUGAGUGAAACAUGGACUUUCUUUCAUCAAUGCGUGCAUUUUGUCGAAUGUUAGAGUGAUGUCAAUAUCAAAUGAGUGAAUGAUUGAUUGAAAUCGACUGGAAAGAAGCUUCGACUUUUGGUGAUAAAUUGUAAAGUGUAUAUGUGCGUCUUAAUAAAACAGUGAGGUUGACUCAAUUUGCUUCUAUAGCAAAUUCAUUUUCUCCAUUGAAAAGAAUAGAAAUGUCUUGAAUCCAUUGGAAACCGUCCAAACCAAAGUGCUUGCGAUGUAUUGAAUGUUCAAACUGAUCAACUUGAUUGUUUUUAGCAAAUAAUAAUGAACUUUUAUGGCUUUUUUUAAAUAGAAUUAAAAGCUGGACAGGCUCAUGUUUA